GCUUACUCUUCUUCCUUCAGCUCGAGUCUACCGGUAGAGCAUGAGCACAGUUGAAAUUAAUCAUAUGGAAAGCUUCUCCACGGUCCCGACCGUGGACUUUGCACGGCUUAAGAACCCGGCAACGAAGAAAGAGGAAUUGGCCAGGCUGAGGGAGGCCAUUUUUGUAGUGGGGUUUCUCUAUCUAGUGAAUACGGGCUUAGAGCAAUUGAUUCGCCUCACUCAUUCGCGCUUGCCAGAGUUUUUUGACUUGCCAGUCAAGGCCAAAGAGAAAUGCAACAUGAUCAAUUCAGAGUCCUUCCUAGGAUACACGCGCUUAGGAGCGGAAAAGACCGCCUCGAAGCAAGACUAUCGCGAGCAAUAUGACUUUGGUACUCCUGGAAUAACACGCUCCGCCAACGGUAAUGGGUCCUGGGAGCGAUUAGAAGGUCCAAAUCAGUAUCCGGAUAUUGCCGGAGCCGAAGAUAUCAUCGAGGAGUAUAUCCGUGAAAUCACAGUCUUGGCUAAUGAGUUUGUACAUCUUGUCGCAGAAUGUCUCGAUCUGCCUCGUGGUACAUUCGACGGGUUUAAAGGAAAUAUGAGUCGGUUGAAAUUUGUCAAAUAUCCCCCAGUCGCUCCCCAUUCCCAGGGGGUUGGACCGCACAAAGAUUCUGCGGGACUCUUCACUUUUCUUUCCCAGGAUGACACUGGCGGAUUGCAGGUCCUUAAUAAGAACGGCGAGUGGAUCGAUGCUCCCCCAGUUGAUGGAAGUCUAGUAGUCAAUAUCCAGCAGGGCUUCGAGGCAAUCACUGGUGGCGCUUGCCCAGCAACCACACACCGCGUCCUUGUGAGUUGCGAAGAGCUCGUCGUUUAGUUUGGCAUAUUAAAGAUAGCUUCAGGCACCCACGCACAAGACCCGAUACAGCAUUCCCUUCUUUCUCG